AUGUUUUCACCUUCGUAUCCACGCGGCAGCAUCGAUUCCGUAUACUUCAACAACUCGCUGUUUGGCUCCUUCGAUGAUCCUCUGUUUCAAGCACGAGCUGCUCAAGCAGCCCUAGCUGACAUGGAUGUGAAGGUGAACAUCACAAAUCCACUGAUGCGACCGCACGACAUGUUCAGUAACUACUUGAUGAGCUCGCAAGAUCCAACCAACAUCUAUCACGGCUUACCUGCCACUUCAGAAGGAUUUGAUGCUUCCGUCCUGGUGCCGACGUCAUCCGAACAGGACCAAAUGACACCCCUGCAACAGGUGAUGGCGAUGCAAAACUACGGUGCAUCCUCGCAUUUUCCCCAAUAUCCAAUGGCAUCAUCAUUCCCAUCAGCUAUUCCCCCGCAAGUGGCUCGUUAUCCCCUUGCAGCGCCGACAGCAGAAGUUGACACCGAUCCGAGAGAAUUGGAACGAUUUGCAGAACAUUUCAAGCAGAGACGUAUCAAACUGGGUGUUACGCAGGCGGAUGUUGGUAAAGCCCUUGCUCACCUUAAGAUGCCAGGAGUUGGCUCGUUAUCGCAAUCUACGAUAUGUCGCUUUGAGUCGCUCACACUUUCUCAUAACAAUAUGGUUGCAUUGAAGCCAAUUCUGCACAGUUGGCUGGAGAAG